AUGGCUCCUCCAGCAACGGGCAACGGCACUAACAAGACUGUCCGUAGGGCUGCCGAACUUCUCAAUGCAUUGCCCGAGACUGAAGAUAUAGACGAUGAUGUCGCACAAGGAGAUGGAUCAAAACGAACUUCGCCGAUAUUCACACCAAACCUGGAUCCCGAAGAAGCCGCCCUGGAGGCCCACGAGCUGAGCAAGUACCUUCUUGCCAAGUCUCUCUUUGACUGCAAGGAGUUCGACCGCUGCGCGGCAGUUUUCCUCCCAGACUCUUUAUUAUCAUCUGUUUUGUCGUCGCAUUCCGAAUCUACGUCGACUCCAUCACAACGGGCGAAGGGCAAAGCGAAAGCGACCGAUGGAAGCAGGGCGUCAACGAUAGCACCGCUACCAAAGCUUAGCCAGAAGAGCUUGUUCCUGGCGCUAUAUGCCAAGUUCAUGUCUGGGGAGAAGCGGAAGAAUGAGGAGUCUGAAAUGGUCAUGGGACCUCAGGAUUUGGGAACGGUGGUGAACAAGCAGCUUUUGGUGGUGGGCAGGUUUCUGGCUGCUUGGUUCAAGGAGAGGACGACGACGGAUGAUGACGUGUUGGGGAGUCAGGGGUGGUUGGAAUAUUUGUAUGGCAUGGUUCUUGCAAAGGAGAAGAAUGAUUCUCAGGCCAUGGAUUAUUUUAUUCGAAGCGUUCACAAAUAUCCCAUGAAUUGGGGAUGUUGGCUGGAAAUGACAUCUAUAAUAUCGAGAGUCGAAGAGCUAAAUCAAAUAGCACGCCAUUGCCCUCAAAACAUAGUAUCCUUCAUGUUCCAUCUUCACACAUCACUCGAGCUAUAUCAGCAAACCCCUAACCUAGCCAAUUCGCUCGAACAAUUGCUAUCAAUAUUUCCAACAUCAUCCUUCCUGUUAACCUGUAAUGCCCUACUAGCAUAUCAUGCUAAAGACCUCAUGGCGGCAGAGCAACAUUUCAGUCGGCUGCUCUCUCUACAUCCACACAGACUCGAUUCUCUAGACCAUUACUCCAACAUCCUCUACGUCCUCAACAUGCGCCCGAAGCUAGCAUUCGUAGCACACCUCUGCUCCAGCGUCGACAAAUUCCGUCCCGAAUCAUGCGUCGUCAUUGGCAACUACUACUCCCUCCUUUCCAUGCACGAAAAGGCAGUUCAGUACUUUAGACGCGCAUUAACCCUCGAUCGCUCAUGCCUCUCCGCCUGGACACUCAUGGGCCACGAAUAUGUCGAACUGAAAAACACCCACGCAGCCAUCGAAUCGUACCGCCGCGCCGUCGACGUCAACCGUCGCGAUUACCGGGCCUGGUACGGCCUCGGCCAGACGUAUGAAAUGCUCGAAAUGCACACCUAUUCCCUAUGGUACUACAAAAAGGCAGCCGGCUUGCGGCCCUGGGAUGGCAAGAUGUGGAUGGCAGUAGGCUCGUGUCUCCAAAAAAUGGGCCGCGAACGCGACGGCAUCAAGGCCCUCAAACGAGCACUCCUCGCGGACGCAUACUACGACGUAGGUAGUAGCUUCGGCAGUGGUGGCGAUCUCCUCGAUGCUCGCGGCGCCACAGGCCACAUGGACCCCGAGAUUUUGCUCCAAAUUGCAGCCAUGUACGAUCAACUGGACGAGGAGGAAGAAGCCAAGGCCUACAUGGAGCUGUGUGUAGCGCAGGAAGAAGGCGGUGCGGCAUCUGACACUAAUAAUCUCGGGGAGUCAGUCAUGAUUCACAACGACUCGCCCGCCGGGUCGGAAGACUACGCAGACAAGGAAGACCGAUCUGGAGCAAAUGCGAAUGCUGCUGCUGGCGGCGCGGGCGCGGGCGCAGGAGAAGGAACUGGUGUUACAGCCGCAACGAGUAAAGCACGCAUGUGGCUGGCUAAAUUCGCCAUGCGCACCUCUGAUUAUACCACUGCUAAUAGGCUUGCAACGGAACUAUGUCAGGACGGCGUCGAGGUGGAGGAGGCGAAGGCGUUGGUGAGGGAGAUACGCUCGCGGAUGGAGGCGUCUGGUUUGUUUGGCUCGGAUGGCUAG